AUGCCAGAUGCAAGGAGCGCAACAGCGGCUUUAGCCCAACAUCGGAAAGGAUCCAACAGAGGCCCUGGGGGUUUCCUUUGGAGCUCACAGGGUGGAGACACCAGGCCAGAGAGUUCCCAAGAACGGUACGCGGUCUCCAAGCGUCUGGUCUGCUGUUUCUUUGGAGCACAUCCCAUCUUCCAAGUUCCAACAUGUUUCGGAGUUGAUCUUCCUCUAGCUGCACGACCGACUCCCACCCUGUCACUGCCAACGAACCUCUCGACGAGCAAAACGUACCUCGCCAUCAGCAUCGACCUUGACGCCCGCUUCCGAUCUUUCAAUAUUCUUUCACCUCUGCUGCACUGGAUACAGUCGGACCUCACCACGUCGCCCACCUCGUCAACCCUAUCUGCUCCUGUGGCGCCAAUAGCCAGCUGGAUCCCUCCGUCGCCGCCGGGACCCUCAGGGCCGCAUCGUUACGGUUUUCUCCUGUACGAGUAG